AUGGGGCAGGACCCCUGCCCGCUGCUCUCCCCCGAGGAGGACGGAGGCUGUGUCCUGGGUCGAUUGAAGAAGUACACCGAAGAAGUAAUCGGUGGUUACACGUUGCUCUGGCAGGAUAUCUGUUUCCAGCAGGUUUCUCAGUUGUCUUCCUACGAAGUCGUAAUCCCGCAGAGGUUAGGAAGAGAACGGCGAGAGGCUUCCAAUGUCUCCUCAGUGCAGGACAAGGUGUCGUAUGCUAUUGAGAUAGAGGGAAAAGAAUACACGAUUCAUCUAGAAAAGAACAAAGAACUGCUGCCUAAAGAUUUCACAGUUUAUACCUAUAAUAAGGAGGGGAAGUUACAAUCUGAAUAUCCAGAUAUCCAGGAUCACUGCCAUUAUCAGGGCUACGUGGAGGGGACCCUGGAUUCUGUGGUGGCUGUCAGCACUUGCUCGGGGCUCAGGGGUCUGGUGACAAUAGAGAACAUCACCUAUGGAAUUGAGCCCAUGGAUUCCUCUUCUGGCUCUAAACACAUUUUAUAUCGAUUGGAUAACGUGAAGAGAGAGCCCGCGAUGUGUGGGGUAACCGCCGAAGACCAUGAAAGGGAACACGCAGAGGAAAAUCACCAUCCCAGUAUGACUCAGCUCCUGCGAAGCAAGAGAGCGGUCCUACAUCAAACAAGAUAUGUGGAGCUGUUCAUAGUUGUGGAUAAAGAAAAGUUCGAAGAUUUUGGGAAGAGUGAGACAGAAGUAAGAGAACACAUGGUGCAACUGGCGAACUUCCUUGACAGUAUGUACAUCAUGUUGAACAUCCGCAUUGUGCUGGUUGGUCUAGAGAUUUGGAAGUAUGAAAACAUAAUCAGCACAGAUGGAGGUGCUGGUGAUGUGCUGGCAAAUUUUGUACAGUGGCGAGAGAAGAAUCUUGUUUUGCGCCGGAGACAUGACAGUGCCCAGUUUGUUCUGAAGAAGGGGUUUGGUGGCACAGCUGGAAUGGCCUAUGUGGGAACAGUGUGCUCCAAGAGCCACGCAGGAGGCAUCAAUGUGUUUGGAAGAAUCAGCAUACAGAUGUUUGCAUCAAUUAUGGCUCAUGAACUGGGACAUAACCUGGGGAUGAACCAUGAUGACGAACGUGUCUGUCACUGCGGAGCAAGCAGUUGCAUUAUGAGCUCUGGAGCAUCGGGAUCGAGGAACUUCAGCAGCUGCAGUGCAGAAGACUUUGAGAAGCUAACUCUUAACAAAGGUGGAAGCUGCCUGCUCAACGUUCCCAGGCCUGAUGAAACCUAUAGCGUCCCAUACUGUGGGAACAGGCUGGUAGAUGCUGGGGAGGAGUGCGACUGUGGUUCACCAAAGGAGUGUGAAAGCGAUCCUUGCUGUGAACCAGGUACUUGCAGACUCCGCUCCGGUGCUGAAUGCGCUUAUGGUGACUGCUGUAAAAACUGCCGGCUCCUUCCUGGAGGAACAGAGUGUCGGGCGAGUAACAAUGAGUGUGACCUCCCAGAGUACUGCAACGGCACGUCCCAGUUCUGCCAGCCGGACUUCACCGUUCAGAACGGUCACCCGUGCCACAACGAGGAAGCCUACUGCUACAAUGGCGUUUGCCAGUACUACGAUGCACAGUGCCAGGAUAUCUUUGGCUCAAAAGCCAAAGCAGCGCCCAAAAUUUGUUUUACUGAAGUGAAUUCCAAGGGUGACAGAUUUGGGAACUGUGGUUUCCAUGGCCAUGACUACAAGAAAUGUUCCAGCUGGAAUGCCAUGUGUGGGAAGCUGCAAUGUGAAAAUGUGAAAACGAUGCCUGUUUUUGGAAUUAAGCCUGCGAUUAUCCAAACUCCCAUUGGAGACACCACGUGCUGGGGUGUAGAUUUCCAGCUAGGCUCUGAUGUCCCGGACCCGGGAAUGGUGAAUGAAGGCACCAAGUGUGAUACUGGAAAGAUCUGCAGGCACUUCCAGUGCGUGAGUGCCUCCGUUCUGAACUACGACUGCGACGUGGAGAGGCAGUGUCACGGGCACGGGGUGUGCAAUAACAACAGGAACUGUCACUGUGAAGCAGGCUGGGCGCCCCCGUACUGUGACACUAAGGGCUAUGGAGGCAGUCUGGACAGUGGCCCUCCUUACAACGACAAAGACACCUCGCUGAGAAAUGGGCUGCUGGUGUUUUUUUUCCUGGUCCUCCCACUCCUUAUAGCUGCUGCUCUGGCAUUUGCAAAAAGAGACAGGCUGAAGCGAUGCUAUAGAAGAUUAAUGUCACGCUGCCAUUCGUCACUUCAGUCACCACCUCCGAGAACAGAAGCCGAACCGAGAGACUACCACCACCGGGGCUUCUCACACGGCAUGCCUUAUGCGCCGAGAGGUGUUCCCAUGGAUAUGGAACGAAAUACUUUUCCUGUCCCAUCUUACCCAGUUAACCAGCAUCCUCAGCAGGCUUACCACCAGUCUUACUACCCGUCUCCGCAAUACCAGGCAGCGCAGCCGCAGAAGAUGCCGACAAGGCCACCACCUCCGCAACAGAAGUGCGCACCUCAGGGACCUCCUCCAUCACAGCAAAAAUGUUUACCUCAGGGACAGUAUUUUCCUUCUCGACCGGCACCUUUGCCUCCCAAAUAG